UCCUGGCCCUCCGUUAAAGCAGCGUCUCUGGGCUUGUUGGAUCCUUAGAAAUACCAUCGUAUGGUGCUGAUUAAGGGGUGCCGCCAAGCACGUGGUUUAUUCUUUAUACAUGCUGCUGCCUGUUUUUUUAAAAACUAAAGUGCAAAACCAUGCCUGUCUGGCAAAGGAGUAAGCCAGUUUAAAAUAAAAUAGUGCUGUGGCUGAGGUUUAUGUUCUUUGCUCUACCCCCUGUACCAGCUGGGAAACCCCCAGCUGCGGAUUUUCCGACCUAACUUCUUCAUGACCCUGGUGAGGCCCGGUGUGCCACAGCCAGAAGACACUGUACAGUUCCGUAUCUCCAUGCAGAUGACAAGAGUGGAUGUUAAGAAUUACCUUGAAAAAAUAUACAACGUGCCAGUGUCUGUUGUGAGGACCAGAAUACAGUAUGGUGCAAACAACAAAAGGAACCACAAGAACCAGAAAGUGAAGAAGCCAGAUUACAAGGUUGCGUAUGUGCAGCUGGGUCAGGGACAAACCUUCCAGUUCCCAAACCUAUUUCCAGAGAAAGAAGAAACCCCAGAACCUGGCUCUGUCGAAGACAUCCAGAAGCAAUUUAUGGAGAACGAGAGACAGAGGCAGACAGCUGACCCCAGGCGAGGAGGAGUCACCGACUGGUUUGGACUUUGAUGGAACAAGGCAGCUGCCUUUCUUUAUGCCUUUUUGAUGGAUUUUAAUCAGCAGAACCUGUGUCUUUCUCUCCCUGUGACAUAGGGUUUAUUUUCGAGCAGCCUAUCUGUGCGUAACUGUGACAAAAUGGCACAAAAGAGAAAAAAAUAAAAAGACAGCGUUUCAGAUCUUUCUUA